GCGGCGGGCCGGUCCGCGGGGCUGCGGGUGGCGUCCUCCUGCAGGCGCCGGAGUGGGGCUGGAGGCGGGGCCGGGGCGCGGCGCGGGGCCGCCUGCUCGGCGCUGCUCGGCGCUGCUCGGCGCUGCUUGGCGCUCUGCGCCCACAGGAUUAUGGCAGGAAAAGUGAAAUGGGUCACUGAUAUCGAGAAGUCAGUGCUGAUAAAUAACUUUGAAAAGAGAGGAUGGAUCCAAGUGACGGAAAAUGAAGAUUGGAACUUUUACUGGAUGAGUGUGCAAACCAUCCGAAACGUUUUUAGUGUCGAGACUGGCUAUCGGCUCUCAGACGAUCAAAUAGUCAACCAUUUUCCAAACCACUACGAACUGACCCGGAAGGACCUGAUGGUGAAGAAUAUUAAAAGAUACAGGAAGGAGCUGGAGAAGGAGGGGAGUCCUCUAGCAGAAAAAGACGAAAAUGGGAAAUACCUCUAUCUGGACUUUGUUCCGGUCACCUACAUGCUGCCCGCUGACUACAACCUGUUCGUGGAGGAGUUCAGGAAGAGCCCCUCCAGCACCUGGAUCAUGAAACCUUGUGGCAAAGCCCAGGGGAAGGGCAUCUUUCUGAUCAACAAGCUCUCACAGAUCAAAAAGUGGUCCCGGGACAGCAAGACUUCUUCGUUUGUGACGCAGUCUACUAAGGAAGCCUACGUGAUCUCUCUCUACAUUAACAACCCGCUGCUCAUUGGCGGGAGGAAGUUUGACCUGCGCUUGUAUGUUCUGGUGUCUACGUACCGCCCGCUGCGCUGUUACAUGUAUAAGCUCGGAUUUUGCCGCUUCUGCACCGUGAAGUACAGCCCGAGCACCAGUGAGCUGGACAACAUGUUCGUUCACCUUACCAACGUCGCUAUUCAGAAACAUGGGGAAGACUACAACCACAUCCACGGGGGCAAGUGGACCGUGAGCAACCUGCGGCUCUACCUGGAGAGCACCCGAGGCAAGGAGGUGACCAGCAAGCUGUUCGACGAGAUCCACUGGAUCAUCGUGCAGUCGCUGAAGGCCGUGGCGCCGGUGAUGAACAAUGACAAACACUGCUUCGAGUGCUAUGGGUAUGACAUCAUCAUCGACGACAAGCUGAAGCCCUGGCUGAUUGAGGUGAAUGCGUCCCCGUCGCUCACCUCCAGCACUGCCAACGACCGAAUCCUUAAGUAUAACCUGAUCAACGACACCCUCAAUAUUGCGGUCCCUAAUGGCGAGAUUCCAGACUGUAAAUGGAACAAGUCACCCCCGAAGGAAGUCCUCGGCAAUUAUGAAAUUCUCUAUGAUGAAGAGCUGGCGCAGGGUGAUGGGGCUGACCGAGAGCUGAGAAGUCGCCAGGGCCAAUCUCUGGGGCCCAAAGGGGGCCGAUCGCGAGACUUGGGGAGAACCGUCCUCACAACCUGGAAGUGAGCACCCGUAGGUGCAAAAGACUGCAGCCUGGACCCUGCCAGAUACUCAGUGCACCUGGGCCUAUUUUGAAAUUUCCUUUUUUUAGGGCUUUUUUCCCCUUUCCUAAGCCCUGUAAAUAAAUAAAGGCAUUUCUUUGGAAGGU